AUGGCACGCAUACCUCCAUCAGCCGACACACUAUCCUUCCCGACCACCCCCUCGCUCCUCAACCCGCACUUCGAGUCGUAUAAGCUCGCCUCCCCACCUCGAGGCGACGACGCAGUCACGACCUUCCCGCUGCCUCGAGUAUUCAAGACGCCUGCACUUCCCGACCAUGCGCGAUUGAGCUACAACGAGGUGUCGGACCGGGCGAGGUUCAACCAUCUGCAGGCGGGCAAGGAGGGGGAGGUUCUGUUCGUAGAUGGAGAGGGAGUUGUCACGGCGGUCCAGGUGGACAAGGCGACUGCCCAGCCAAACUUCCAAACCGUCCUUCGCCUACCUCCUCCGCCCUCGACCCCGACUCUCGUCCCCGAAUACCCCGCCGCAUUACCUCUCGCCGCAGCCCUCUGGGUGGUCACAGACGGCCGAGGCUCGCUCUACCUCGUCCGCAUCGACCGGUCGAAGGCGGAGUGGACAGGCGAGAUCCAGACGUCAUUCCGACUCCGACAGGAAGAAACGCCGUUCAGGUUGCACGCCGCCGAGCAGCUGAACGAAGAGGAGGCGAUUCUAUUGCUCUCGGUCGUCGUCAAAGAGGCGGGCAAGCCGGACAGUCAGGCGCCUCCAGCACCUUCGACCUCGCUCGGCUCGACUGCGCGCCGGCCGAUCCCUUCGACGACUUCUUUUCACUACCUCUCGACACGUAUACCGCUACGACCAUCCGAGGCGUCGACACCGCUGGUGCUGAAAGUGGACUGGCGACUAAAGGGACAGGACUUGCCGUCGUACGUCUCGUUCGAUGCGGCUGCCGGAAGGUUCGUCGUCGGCUCGACGUCGCGGCUCGUGCAGGUCGAGGCCGAGGGGACGAAGGGUGCGGAGACUGAGGCUGGACAGGGCGAAGACGUUGACAUGGGAGAUGAGGAGGAGUCUAGCGGGCAGGCAGGCGGACAAGUUGCCGGCACUGCAGCGCCCAAGCCUCCACCAUUUUCGUGGAUCCAGGACAAGGAUUCGGUUACCGUCGCGUUCCCAGUUCCCUCCGACACGCCGACCUCGAGCAUCCGGGUGACCUUCUCCCGCCAGUUUGUCUCGCUUCAUGUCGCCUCUGCCGCCGCCGCCCUCGCCUCUUCGUCUCCCGUCUCCGCCGCCGCGCUCCCUCAUGUCUCGCACAAGAAGCUGUGGGAUGAUAUCCUCCCGCAUCAAAGCGUCUGGACCUUCGACCGAGAAGCGGAGGGUCGCAACUCGUCCUACGGCCUCCUUACACUCCACCUCGAGAAGGCGAAUACUGGAACACGGUGGUCCGACGUCUUUGCGUCGACCAAGGUCCCGACAGAUGACCCUUCGAGCGCCAAGAUUGUCGAACUCGACCCGCAGCAGGAGUACGAGGACGUCCCAGAGACACUCGACCCGAGCGAGUUGGCUGCUAUCACGGAAAGGAUGGAGCAGUGGGCGCAGGGGAUCAUGAAGGGCGGACUUGCGCAUAGCGAGGAAGGGCUCGGCUCGGGCAUCCCGACCAGCUUGAUGGGCGACGAGAUCGACGUCGAGGUGGACGCCGAGUCUGGACGGCCGUUCAUCGUCACGUGGAUCGAGGAGGCAGCGACGCCGGGCACGCCACGCCUUGUCUGCCCUCACCCUAGCGUUCCCUACUCGCUCCUCUCGACCGCGAUCCCGCUCGCUUCGUCUGCACCGUCCGACCCGACCGUUACGAUCAAGCACGACGUCGACGGCCUCCUCUUGGCCCCUCCCUCCUCGUCCGAUACCUAUCGCUGGACCCACCAGUCCACCUUCCCAGCACUCGCCUUCGUGCUUGCAACCAAGCGAGACACCCGCUUCGUCUACCACUACUCGACGCGCGCCUGUCUCGCUUUCGACGCGCCUGCACUCUUGCCAGGUCCACAGACGACGCGGCACAACCUCAGCGGCGGGAACCUCUUUGCUUACUUUGCACCUCCGGUCGGGCGGACACGGGAGACGAAGGGAAUGCAAAUGGUUGUGCGGGUGGGCGGUCCUGGGAGCGGAGCGCUGAUGGGCGUCGCGGCGGUCGAGCUGGACGCAGGCGAGACAGCUGUGCUCGCGCUGUGCGAGAAGGAGCUGGUCGUUCUGCGGAUUCUCUCGUAG